GUGUGUGUGUGUGUGUGUGUGUGUAUGAACAGCAGCACGAGCAGCAGCACAAGCAGCAGCAGAAGCGCGCGCCUCUCUCUCUCUCUCUCUCUCUCCCUCUCUCUCUCUCUCCCUCUCUCUGUCACACUCACUCACUCACUCACUCACUCUGUCCGGGGCUCUGGAGCGCACUGCGUUGUGCGCGCGCCGCCGUUUCGCCACACGGGAAGGUUUGCGGUUCCGCGCGCUGCAGCACGAGCAGAAGACUUUUUUUGUUUGUUUGUUUGUUUGUUUUGGUUUUAGUUUGUUUUGCAGGACAUUGGCACGCGCGCUCCGCCGUUCGUUCUUCAUCUCCUCAUGGAUUCCAUGCUGCUCGUCUUCUUCUCGUCCUUCUUCUCCUCCACGGCGUCCGCGAUCGGCCACUUCACCACGGAAUGCUACACGGUGAACGGCGAGGACUACCGAGGUCGGCAGAACCAGACGAGUUUACACGGAGGGAAGCCGUGUCUUUUUUGGAACGAAACCUUCCAGCAUCCGUACAACACGCUGAAAUAUCCGAACGGAGAAGGAGGACUGGGAGCUCACAACUUCUGCAGGAACCCAGAUGGAGAUGUUCAGCCGUGGUGCUACAUUGCAGACCAAGAAGACGGGACGUACUGGAAGUUCUGUGAGAUUCCAAGCUGUCAGAUGCCUGGGAUUCUCGGAUGUUUUAAGGAUAACGGUGAUCCUCCUCCUCUCUCUAAGAGCUACCAGACGUCUCAGAAGCUCACCGUGCAGAGCUGCAUCAGCCUGUGCCGCAAUCAGAGAUACAAGCUUGCCGGAAUGGAGGCGGGGUACGCUUGUUUCUGCGGCAACGAACUUGACUACCAUCUCCAUGGCAACGCCCCCAGUUUGGAGUGUAGUCACGGGUGCUUCGGGGACCAGCAGCAGCCGUGCGGAGGAGACGGACACGUCAUCGUCUUCGACACCAAAGUGGGAGCAUGUGGUGGAAACUACACGGCUGAAUCAGCUGUAAUCUACUCGCCGGACUUUCCAGAUAAAUACGCACCCGGCCGUGUCUGCUACUGGACCAUCCAGGUCCCGGGUGCGUCGGUCAUCCUGUUUAACUUCACUUUCUUCAACAUCAUGGACCAGGCGGAUAUGGUCGAGCUGCUGGAGGGUUACACCAGUCAGGUGGUGGCGAGGUUUGAUGGGCGUAACCCACCGCGGGAAAUCGUUAACAUCAGCGCAGACUUUGUUAUCCUGUAUUUCUACUCAGACAGGACGAACGAGGCCCAGGGGUUCUCCAUGAUCUAUCAAGCUUACAGAGGAUCGAGCAGCAGAUCUGCCGAACAUGGCUUUAUCAGUGAUGACGACGAUAGCGAAGAGGCCACCAGUACGGUAGACCCGCGUUCCGGCAGCGUCACCGAGAGAUCAAACACCAGCAAGAACAACAAAUCGUCUCAGAUCCUCUAUCUGAUCACGUCCAGUCCCAAAAAGUCCGAUAAGGAAAUGCCAGGUCAGUGGCUCGGCCGGGACCGGACCGCUGCUCAUAACACCAUGUGGACCAUCUAUACGCUGGCUGCCUUGCUAACGCUAACCGUGAUAGCCAUGGUGGCAAAGCUAGUUCUUCACGUUACAGUAAAAUCUCCCACCAUUCCCUCGGUGAGCAGUUCAGACUCGUGCUCUCAGAGCACCACCUCAGAGCCGUGGAUUAUCUUCUACAGACCCUCCACCAUCUCGCUCUUUAAAAAGAAGCUCAAAAACCAUCACGGUGACCUCAGCCCUCUAGUGGGCAACUAA